GUAGCAGUGGGAGGGACCGGAGGCCAGUACGGAAGUUCUCCUAAGGUCUGGAGCCUGCUCUCUAUGACUGCUCUUCCCUGAAGUGGAAAUCUGUGAUUUUCCACAUAUUUGGCCGCUCACGAGCUUUGUUUGUACCCCCGAAACUUAAACGCUGACAUCCCGGACCCUACAAUGCUCUUACAGAGGUUUCUGCUGCUCCGGUCAGCUGCGUCCUCGACAAGCAGGUCGUUCUGCACAGGGGGUGUAAUGAAGCAGGGCAAGGCGCCUGACAUGAUUGAAGGAAAUCCACUUUUACAUGUGUCAAAUGUGCGAAACAGGCUGAGAGAAAUUGUUGGAGCUUCCACUAACUGGAGUGACCACCAGCAGGCCAUGGCAGAGCGUGUGUCGCUGUCGUCCAUGUUGGCAAAGUCUCAGUCUGACCUUCCGGUCAAGAGAAUGAAGGACAGCUACUUGGAGGUCCACCUGCCUCUGGGCUCUGAGCCACAGCUCAGAGAGAAAUACCUGACCUUCCACAACACUGUCAGGUUUGGUAGAAUCCUGGAGGAUUUGGACAGUUUAGCAGUCCUCAUCUCUUACUCUCACACCUAUAAUGCUGCACUGAAGAGGUCUCCUCUGUCCAUCGUCACAGCCCUGGUGGACAAGAUCGACAUGAGGCAGCACAUCAUCUAUCCUGACAGCGACAUCAAGUUCACUGGUCAUGUGACAUGGGUGGGAAAGACCUCUAUUGAGGCCAAGAUGCACAUGUCACAGUACCGUGAUGGAGCUUAUGCCCCAGUGCUAGAUGCUACAUUUGUUAUGGUGGCCCGAGAUCCAGAAAACAAGAGGGCAGCUUUUGUAAAUCCACUAAAGCCAGAAGGCCCAGAGGAGGAGACAAUUUUCCAGCAAGGAGAAGCUAAUAAAUCCCGCCGUGUAGACCUCAGCACUGCGUCGUUGCUGAAGGUGGCUCCCAUAGAUGAGGAGAGGAGGAUCGUACACAGUCUGUUCCUCAACACGCUGGACACAAAAACGGUCAGUUUCCGCAGCAGAGUUCUGCCUCCAAACUCAGUGUGGAUGGAAGACGCCAAACUGAAAGGACUGGAGAUCUGCCACCCUCAGGAGAGGAACAUCUUCAACAGGAUAUUUGGAGGUUUUCUUAUGAGGAAAGCCUACGAGUUAGGCUGGGCCAACGCCUGCUCUUAUGGAGGAUGUCGGCCAAAUCUGGUGGCUGUUGAUGAUAUCCUCUUCCAGAAACCUGUGGACAUCGGCUCCCUGCUGCUGCUUUCAUCUCAGGUGUGUUACACACAGGGGAAGCACAUCCAGGUCAGAGUUCACAGUGAGGUGUUUGACCCGCUGACCCGCCAGCACAACACUACCAACGUGUUCCACUUCACCUUUGUUUCUGACCGCAACGUCCCCAACAUCAUUCCAAAGACAUAUGGAGAGUCGAUGUUAUACCUGGAUGGGAAGCGGCACUUUAAUCAGACUGUGGAACCUUGAAAGUAACAUGUCUGCUGCAUAUCAAAGUCUUACAUCGACUUCUUACAUCAAGUUCUGUCUGUCUGUGUGUGUGUGAGAGAGAGAUGAGAAAAAUCAGUGCAGUUAAUACAGUACACUUACCUUAUACCUUUUUAUGUCACGCCUUGUUAAGUUAAUGCAACCCACAUGGUGACCUGAUUCCUGUUACUUUAUUUGUUUGGGUGGUUUAGAUUUUGGUAUAGUGAGAACAACUGCAGUACAGCAGGAAACACAGCUUUUUUUGUUUUUCAUUUUAUAUUUGUAUUACUCUUUGUUUCACAGUUACAACCAAUGCAACAUCUACCAGACGGUUUGUUUGACAACCAGUCAGAGGUUUACAGCUUCUCAACAGUCAUGUUUGACUGGUGAAAAUGAAGCAAAGAAAGUCUUUCCAUAACCUCAUAUAUAUUGAUUUGCAUGACUAUGUAUAUUACAUUUUUUAUACAGUCACUUUUACGUACAACACUAUUUAAUUUCGCUUUUUUCUGCAGAAUGAGAGCUGUUAUUCUGAAUGUGUCAGACAGCUACAAGGGGGAGGAGGGUGUCAUUUUUUUCUGCCUUUAAAUCAUUUAUUUACUUGAAUGCAAUAAAUGAAUUACUAUUUAUGUUGAUUUUAAA